AUGUUAGCUACAAAAUUUUUACCAACCAAAAUUGGAAGAGAAAGUACUUCUCGAAAUGGACUAUUAUGGCAACAAUUUUUAUUAGACAACAAUAAUGCAACUAAAACACUUUCACCUGACAUUAUAACAAUCAUACAAGAUCCUUAUUUUUGGAUUCAAUUAUAUGAACUUCAAAAUUUAUUAUUUCCAUUAUGUAGUAUUUUAAAUAAGCUCCAAAAGGAUAUUGCACAAUGGAAACAGCCCUUACUUCUUUUGUUAUUUGUUUUACACUCAAAAUAUAGACUCUCUAAAUUUUCUUCUAAUGUUUCAGGUCUCUCUUAUUCACAUUUUGAUGUAACACGAAAUAAAUUGACAGAGUCUUCUUUACUGAAAAGUAAUAAUGAAGAAACUGAUUUAUUAGUUUCAAAUGAUUUAUCAAUUCAAUUAAGUGAAAUUACUAAGAUGAAUAAUAAAGAUGUAGUUGAUGAUAUUAAAGAAAAUUGGUCACAUAUGAUGAAAAACCUGAUUAGUUCAUUGGAUAGUGAGAAUUGUUUAGAUAAUAGUAAUGUUGUAGAUAGUAAACCACUUGAAUUUGAAUUGCAUGGGCAUAUUAUUCAUCCAGUAGAUAAUCUAUCAGCCAAAUGGAGUUUGUUGGAAUUAUUUGAUGAUUCAUUAGAAGCACCUGUUUCUUUUGUUCAUUAG